AUGCUCAUAGCCGACCGCUGAUGUGACUCGCCGAACCACGACUUGCUCCAUGUCGACAACAGCCGCUAUCCCAACGCCAAACCGUUCUCGUCCGAGGAGCCGUUUGAACAGCCUAAAGAGCUUGGGCUCGGGCGAUGACUUGCCUCGUUUCCCGUUCGGUGGGUCGAAAAGGUCUCCGAGCCAGGGUCGUCCGCCGUCGAGUUAUGUGGGACCGUUAGGCCCCCCAGAACCGGAUGAGCACCCCCAUGUUUCCGUUUUUAGGAACACAAACCACAUGGAGGUGCAUUGUUCGACAUACACCAGAAAGUCACCGGCACGGUUCUACUGGACGCAGGUCACUGCGCGCGUCCAGGGCGACUCUCGAUCACGGCAAGUCGGUUUCACGACCCCUGAGUGUAACCGCCACUCAGCGACUGCGCAGAUGGAAGGGGUGUUUGUACACAUCUCUUCCCCACCAGAGGGCCCCGAGAUUCCAGCAAAGAUGAGGGCGGCCACUUCUACUAUGCACCGACAUACGUUCCUCUCGACAACGCAAGCGCUUCCCAUUGACAAGACCCUCGGUCCACGUCGGUCCAGCUCGAGGCUGCGCGAAGCCAUCGCAGCGACCACGCGACCACGGAGGGAGCGUCGCCCAAGCCAGACAAGCAUAUCAGGAAUCUUGCGGCCGUUUCCAUUCUCUAUAGAAGUGCCUCCAUCAGCUCGUCCUGGAGCAGAAUUGCCCCAGACAUUUUGCGCUACCGCUGACGGCCUUGCUGGUACACGGGCAAGAGCGUUCGUCGAGCGCUCUGAGAUCAUGUACAAGCUGAUAGCAACAUGGGAAACAGACGAUGGCACUGAUGAGAUGUCCGUGGGUGCCCCCAUCAUCUUGGAGCCCGACCCCGAGUUUGAGUCGCUUGACGGCCGGUCAAUGGAACCUGAGUCAUGGAUCGAACACUCGCUGCGCUCGGAACGUCCCAUUCCUUUCAAAUGUGCAGUAGCACUCCCCGACACUCCUUCAUUUUCGCGUUCGGCGACUAUACCCUAUUACGUCGUGUUUACCACGACACCGCGCUCGCCGACGCUAACGCACGAGAUUCUCGCCGAUGCGACAAUAUCCGUGUCUCUCCUGCGACAAAUCAACAUCGACAUGCCCCCCGUUUCACCAUCGUCCGCUUCGUUGAUGUCACGCCCUAGCGUGUCGUCCGCGAGCUCCAGCGACGAGGCAUCGUCUUUUAUCUUGACGCACAAGACGAAGCUCAUGAAACGCGUCGUCAACAGUGCGCCGCCAGUCCUUUCGCGCCGACAACCAAAGCCAGUGCCGCCUCCGCGCCCAGAGCGCCCGGAGGUGUCGUUGGACGGCUUCAGCGAGACACGCUCGUUAUACAUGGACGUGUACGUGGGGUUCCCGAAGCGCCCGAGGGCGCGUUUGGAUCCUGGACAAAAGCAUCCGCCUUUGACGGCGCAUACACUACUUCCGGACGGCCUAUAUAAGGCCAAAAUGCAGUUGAACAGGAAUAUGCUUCCGUCAAUCGACUGGGAAGACCUCAACGUGAAAUAUUUUCUGGAAGUGUCAGUAGUCUUCGGGCAGGACGAGACACGCGCACGGGUGCCAAUCAGAGUAGUUUGAUACGCAUACAUUCACAGUACCAUACGUCUGCGCUCACCUUAUCGCAUAUAGCUUACAACUUUGCACAUAACCUUAUUUUUCCUUGUUGUUCUUCGCGGUCUUUGCCCUGGGGCUUUCUUUUACUCGUUCAGGUUGUUUAUGUCGCCUAGGUCGCCAUGCUGUCCGUCUCGUUCGUAACUAUUGAAGCUUGAGCAAAUGAGCAUUGCACU